AUGUAACAACAUGGCAGCGCCCUGUGAUGAAAAGUCGUCGACCCAUGGCUCACGAAUAUUUUAUACUUUUCCAAGGGAAAGGAAACCAACUGUGGGACAUUUGCAUCAGCAAAAUGAAGAGGAAUUCCAGAAAUACAUUAGGGAUAAUGUCAUCGGGAAUGAUUUGACAUUUUCAGGGCCGUUCGGACCCCGAAAAGUUACCUAUUGUGAUUACACAGCAUCAGGAAAGUCGUUAGGUUUCCUUGAAGACUACAUCAGGGAGAGGGUUCUACCCACCUAUGGCAACACCCACACCACCACCUCUGUGACAUCACUUCAAACAACUCUCUUCAGGCAUGAAGCAAGAGAUAUUGUACGGAAUGCUGUGAAUGCCAGUGAGCAUGAUGCGGUCAUCUUUACAGGGACUGGAUGUACAGCGGCCAUUCACAAGCUUGUCAAUGCCCUUCAUCUCACCAGCCCUCCGGUGGUGUUUGUAGGACCAUUUGAGCAUCAUUCAAAUCUGCUACCAUGGAGAGAGACAGGGGCAGAGAUGAUAAGAAUACCUGAAGAUGCUGAUGGCCUGGUUGAUACAGCUUUACUAGAUACGCAGUUACAGGCAUGGAAGAGCUCAGACCGACAGUUGAUUGGUUGCUUCUCAGCGGCGUCCAAUGUGACUGGCAUCCUGGUAGAUACGGUCGCCAUAACAACCAUCCUCCAUCGACACAACGCCCUUGCCUUCUGGGACUAUGCCACAGCUGGACCAUAUGUGAAAAUAGACAUGAAUCCAGUUGUGACAGGAAUACUUCCUUCUCUGGCUUCCAAAGAUGCUAUCUUCUUUUCUCCUCAUAAAUUUGUGGGUGGAGUGGAGACCCCUGGGAUACUCGUAGCAAAGAAGGCCCUCUUUGUCAGCCCAACACCAACCGGUGGUGGCGGAGGCAGUGUUUUCUAUGUAAGGAGAGAGAGUCAUCGGUAUCUGAAGCAGAUUGAGAUAAGAGAGGAAGGUGGUACACCCUCUGUUGUUGGCGCUAUCAGAGCAGGGCUCGUAAUGCAGCUCAAAGAGACCAUCGGACAUGAUGUGAUUAUGAAAAGGGAGAAGGAAAUAUGCAGCUCUGUCAUGCAACGUCUCUCCUCCUGCCCCAACCUGGUAAUGCUUGGGAGCACAUCCCGGCCACGCCUUCCCAUCUUCUCCUUCCUCAUCCGUCAUCCUCACACCAGGCAGUUCCUCCAUCAUAACUUCAUCUGUGCUCUGCUCAAUGAUGUGUUUGGGAUACAGGCAAGGGGAGGCUGUGCUUGCGCCGGACCCUAUGCUCAGGACUUGCUUGGUAUCGAUGAAGAACUGGCAGAGAGAUUUGAAGAUAUGCUGCUUGAAGACAGUCGUUUGGAUAGGGUACACCUGAGGAGGUACAGUGAAUAUUCAGAGAAAGAGAUUCUAAGACCUGGCUUCGCAAGACUAAAUUUCCCAUUCUUUAUGAGUGAGGAAGAGAAGAACUUUGUCAUGGAGGCUGUUGCCAUGGUUGCAGAAAAUGGAUGGAAACUUCUACCACAAUACAUGUUCAACCCAGAAACCGGUGAAUGGAAGCAGCAGAGGCACCAAGUCUUUGAGGACCGUCGCUGGCUGGGGUCCAUCUCCUACGCCUCCGGUCAGAUGACCUACCCUGAACCCCGUGUGGUCAAGAAGAAAGGUCCACUUCCCACCGACUUCCAGGUAGGUGAAGAGAUACCAGUUUUCAAAUCCAGACACCUCCUCAUUCAGGCUUUAUCAGAUUUCAUGUUUGUACAGCACAACAUGUCAGAGUCUCAUUUCAGGCCCACUGAUCCACAUGGAUUGCAUUGCCUCCGGAUAGCUGAGGAGCUGUUCCUGAAGGCGGAAAAGACUCAGAUCCACCUCCCUGAUCAGACUCUCCUGUUUGCCGAAGAAACAUCCAAGCUGAGAUGGUUCAUGCUUCCCAGUGAAGCCAACCAGGCACUCAAAGACAAAAACAAGAAGAUCGUCCCAGCUUCAAGUCUCCCUUUCGAACCUCCAUCCUACCCGCUUAGUGAGGAAGAAUUGGGUAGAAGGAGAGAACAUCUCAAAAGAUGCCAGCCUCCUGUGACUUCCACAAGCACUCAGGAAAAGGUCCAGAAAGGUCAAAGGUCAGUCAACGGAUACUCAUCAUCAUCAUCAUCUGGAGAUGGAGUGGAGCAACAUCAGAUGGGUGUGGCCUUAGGGUUGGGUCAGGAUGCAGGACAAGAUGAUAGCUUGGAUGAUAGGACUAGUGAAGAUGUUCCACAGAGGAGCGGUGAUGCCCAGAGGUUUAUUGAUAGUGUCAAUGAAGGAUUUGGAGUGUCACAUGACCCUUCAUCAAUGUCACCUGAUGUGUCACCUGAUACUUGUGAGUCACAUGCCAACAACAGGAUAGCACAGGAGGAAUCGGGAAACAAAGGAUCCGGUGUGCUGGCAGGUGAUGUUGGUGAAAGGACAGCUAAUGGAAAUGGAGAUGACGUUGAAGUUAUACAUGUAGGAACUGCAAGCUUAAGUGACCAAGUUGAAUUGACUAAUGGAACCCAAUCAGUGUGUGAAAAAGCCCCUUGUAUAAUGGAUGAUGCUACACUUAGCCAAGAUGGUUCCCUUUUGCACAGAACAGAGGAGAACAGUGCCAUAGGUAAAGUAAAGCACAACUCUGAUAUACCAGAGCAGAAGGAAAAUACAUUUAACAAUGUGAAUUCUGGCAAUUCAGACAGUUGCAUACCAUGUCAACAACAGAGUACCAUAUCACCAUCAUCUGAAAGUGCACAAGUUUUCCAACAUAGCAGAGACAACUCAGGGGCUAACGGUGAAUGUCAGAAACAGGAAGCUGUUCAGCCAAAUAGUGAGAGGCAUGAUGGGAAGGGCGAACCUGCUGUGAAGUUCAAAGUGCCUACGAAAAAGAUCUUCAAACCUACCUUGCAGGCCUUGGAUGAGUAUAAGAUGCUGAGGGAUGGAGAUCGUGUCUUGGUGUGUUUAUCAGGAGGCAAGGACAGUCUCUCUCUGCUUCACUGUCUCAGGCAGUAUCAGUUUGCUGCCAAGAAAAAGGGUAUCACCUUUGACCUGGGAGCAGUGACCGUUGACCCUCAGACCCCCUCCUUCAAUCCCAGGCCUCUCAUUGGAUACCUCGCUAAACUGGGGCUGCCUUACUUCUAUGAAGAGCAAUGUAUCAUUGAUCAAGCGGCCUCCCUGCCUGAUGGCUGUGCCUCCAUCUGCAGCUUCUGUUCCCGUAUGAAGCGGGGCAGACUCUACGCCUGCGCAAGGAGGGAGGGAUACAACGUACUUGCGAUGGGUCAACAUCUAGAUGACCUCACUGAAAGCUUCCUGAUGUCCGCGUUCCACAAUGGUUUUCUGAGAACGAUGAAAGCCAACUACACGGUCAAGGAAGGUGAUCUGAGGGUCAUUAGACCAUUUGUGUAUGUCAGAGAGAAAGACCUCAGGGAUUUUGCCGAUCAGGCUAAGCUUCCUGUAAUAUCAGAAAACUGCCCGGCCUGCUUUGAAGCACCGAAGGAGCGUCACCGAGUCAAGCAGCUGCUGGCAUCCCAGGAGCUGUUAUUUCCCAGGUUGUAUCCCAGUCUGCAGACUGCACUCAGACCACUCAUGGCAAAGAACAAGACUGGGAUGGAGUCUACAUUAGCCAAGAUGAAACAUGAUGAAGACGACCUUGAAUUCUGAUUUAAUUCUGAUCACCACAUCAUGCAUCUACUUGCAGCCCAGGAGUUGUUGUUUCACAGGUUGUACCCAAGUCUGCAGAGAGCUCUUGAACCAUUAAUGGCAAAGAAUAGGACUGGUAUGGAGUCAACCCUAGCCAAGUGAAUAUGAUGAAGAUGACCUUGAAUUCUGAUUUAGGAUGACCAAACCAGGAGAGGCGGCAGCAUCUUCUUCCACAUAUAUUUCAAUGAUGUUUAUAAAAUCAUGUAGAUUCGUUAUAAUUUCUUUCUGUCUGAGAAAAUAGUAUUCCAAGAUGACUAGUUUUCUUGGUAUUAAAGCAAUAAACUGCCAUCUGUAAUUAUUUUUUUAUUAUUUUUAUUUCUUUUCUUUUUGUUUGUUUCCCUGCUUAGACUUGUCUUCAUAAUUAUUCUUGUAUGCUUCAGGAAAUACACUUUUUAUGGUCUGUAAUGCAGAUUGUUCUUUUCGACAGGUUAUAUUAGUCCAGUGAAAGUCGAUUACUACGUUUAACAUCUUUUCAAUUUUAAUUUUAAAAAUUGCUUCAUAUGUCUAUCCCCAGAUCCAUAUGAAGGGAAGGAAAUGUGAUUUU